AUGCACGGUAAAAUUGGAUCUCCUGCGGCGGUCAUGGCUGUUGCAUCGCAGGCCAACCAGCCGCUCUGUGGCGAGGCCGAUGUAUUCUUCCCAUUAUCGACGACAGUCCCAGGCAUUAGCGCUCUGACAGACAGCGCAAGAGCUGCAACGCGAGCCGAACAGAAAAUGACCUUUCGGCGAGCCUUUCGUCUAUAUCCAAAGGCGAUUCUGUGGUCGAUCCUCUUGUCCUCUACCAUCAUCAUGGAUGGGUACGACAUGAGUCUGCUGACCAGUUUUUUCACCUUUCCUACCUUUCAAAAGUCAUAUGGUGAACUUCUACCCGCUACCAUGUCACAAGAUACCAGCAACCAGCAGCAAUUAUAUCAGAUUUCUCCAGCCUGGCAAGCUGGUCUUAUCAAUGGUACCCAGGUUGGCGUCAUUCUGGGUCUCAUCGGUAACGGGCUGGUUGCAGAUCACUUCGGCUACCGUCGCACCUUAAUCGCUGCACUCGUUGCACUUGGUGCCUUUGUGUUUCUAGCGGUCUUCGCUCGCAAUAUCACAACCUUACUAGUAGCGCAAGUACUAUGUGGAAUUCCAUGGGGCGUUUUUCAGACACUAUCAGUCUCAUACGCAGCUGAGGUGAUGCCGGUGGCGCUCCGCGGCCACUUCUUGAGCUAUAUCAACCUGUGCUGGGUCUUAGGGCAAACCCUUGGCGUUGUGGUGAUCCGUAGCCUGGUUGAUACAGAAUCUGAUUGGGCGUACCGUCUCCCAUUUGCAUUGCAAUGGGUUUUCAUCGUGAUCAUUAUAAUAGGUGUUUCUUUUUCCCCAGAGAGUCCGUGGUGGUUGAUUCGUCAAAAUAAGCUGGAAGAGGCUCGAAAAUCGCUCCUGAGGCUUACCAGCCGAGGUGCGGGGGCAUUGUGUGUGGAUGAAACCGUAGCGAUGAUGAGCCUCACUAAUAAGGUCGAACAGUACCUAGGGUAUGGCAAUAUCUCCUAUCGUAACUGCUUUCGGGGUGUUGAUUUACGGCGAACGGAAAUUACGACUAUGGUCUGGGCCACACAGCAGCUCUGUGGCUCUACACUAACCUUCUAUGCUGCGUAUUUUUACGAACAGGCCGGAUUUCGAGUGCACGGUGCCUUGGACCUCGCGCUAGGAAUGUAUGGGCUUUCAAUCGGUGCAAAUGUCAUCUCUUGGCUCUUACUGCCAUGGGUAGGGCGCCGACGGCUCUACCUCGUUGGCGCUUCACUCUCACUGACCCCCGCUCAGUCAUGGGUGCUAGGAUCAUUGAUCGUUGUACUCACGUUUAUUUAUCAAAUGACCCUAGGUCCAGUAUGUUACAUGUUAGUUGCAGAAAUCCCAUCCACUCGAUUGCGAGUAAAGACCGUGGUCGUGGGCCGUGUGGUGUACAAUAUCACGAGUAUUAUCACCAACACGAUCGCCCCUCGCAUGCUAAACCCGACCGCAUGGAACUGGAAGGGCAAGUCAUGUUUUCUCUUUGUGGUAACCACCAUCUUGUGUCUAGUAUGGUGCUAUUUUAGGCUUCCAGAGCCCUUUGGUCUUAGCUUUCUGGAGAUUGAUAUUCUUUUCGAGAAGCGGGCCAGCGCGGCCAAAUUUCGCGUACUUCAACGCAACCUAGAGAGGUCCGGCUAUAAUGAUAUAUCUCGGAGCCAGAGGGGGAAUAUCACUUGGCAGCGGUAUUAA